UCUCAUCAGCAUUUCUCUCUCAACCUGUGACACUUUGUCUGAACUUUUUUUGCUCGAGCUUUUCUGCAACGAGAGGAGGACGACGACGACGAUGGGGAGGUUGAGCUUGCUUCUCGUGGUUUUCACGGCGGCGGCGGCGGUGGUUGGGCUCGCCGGAGCCAGCUUCCGCGACGAGUGUGACAUCCCGUGGGAGCCCCAGAACGCCAGGUUCACCGACGACGGCAAUGGCCUCUCGCUCUCCCUCGUCAGCAACUACUCAGGCUGCAUGCUGCGGACAAAGAAGCAGUUCAUCUUCGGGAGCGUCUCCACUCUUAUCCAACUUGUCCCCGGCAAUUCGGCCGGCACCGUCACCACAUACUACACAUCGUCGGUCGGAGACAACCACGACGAGAUCGACUUUGAGUUCUUAGGCAACGAGACCGGCCAACCCUACACCAUCCACACCAACAUCUAUGCCAAUGGCGUCGGCGACAAGGAGAUGCAGUUCAAGCCGUGGUUCAACCCCACCGAUGGCUACCACAACUACACCGUCUCCUGGACCGCUUGCAUGAUUGUGUGGUACAUCGACGGGACACCCAUCCGAGUGUUCCGCAACUAUGAAAAAAGCAACGGUGUGGCGUUCCCAAUGAAGCGGCCGAUGUAUGGGUACUCGAGCAUAUGGGCGGCGGAGGAUUGGGCAACACAGGGUGGCCGUGUGAAGGCUGACUGGUCCAAGGCACCUUUUGUCGCGAACUACCAUGGCCUCAACAUCAAUGUAUGCGAGUGCUCUACUACCUCUGGUGGAGGCAACAGUUGUGCUGCAAAAUGUGCUUCAACCUAUAAUAGCAAGUCAUCAGUAUGCCAGUUGAGUGAUUCAGAGCUCGCACGGAUGCGGAAAGUGCAGGAUGAGUAUAGGAUCUACAACUAUUGCGUUGAUCCCAAGAGAUACAACGGAUCUGUACCAGUCGAGUGUAGCCUACCACAAUAGUUUACCAGCUGCUAUGAGUAUGGAUAUUUUUUAUGAGUUUUGAGAUUUAUUUGAUGAUUUUUUUUCUAUUCGUAAAUCUUACAUUAUUUGCUCUUAAAACAACUUGUACUUGUAUACUUACAUAUGUUAUAGCAUACGCAAUUACAAAUA